GGGAGAGGGAGAGACCAUACUGGUCUGACGACUGACUAAACUUGGAGUCUUCGACAUGAUUAAAGCUGCCCUCACUCUGCCUCUGAGUUCCUUCCAAGGAUCCUACCCAGUAAUUUCUUUUGUAUAUCCAUCCAUGGAUAUAUAUUUAUUCAUGAAUUAAUUGAACCAGUUCAAGCUGAUCUCUCAAUUCUCAUCAUCAUCGACAUUCAUUCCGACCGAGAGGCCACAUGGCUUCUUUCGACCGGAGCUUCUCUAAAAGCUCUCUGCUGCUGUCGCAAGAGGAUGGCUCCCUUCUCGACGCCAUCCGCUUCCUGUUUUUCCGGCGUGUCGGCAAGGCAGAGUUCAUAGCCUGUCCUGCCCAGGAACAGUUACAGGAGAGCUUCAAGUACAGGUGGAUCAUAUUUCUCUCCAUCUCGGUCCAGAAGCUUCUCCAAGCUGUGGCCAAGCCCAUGGCUUGGUUCGGGUCUCUUCUGGAGAUGUGGCUCAACCUCCUCUCCAGCAACACCAACUUCUUCCUCAUGCUGUGGAACCUGCUCCGAGGGAAGCUGGUGAUUCCUGACAGAAAGUCAGCAACUUUUUUGUCGAUUAUUGGACAUGUAGACAGCCGAGUGGAGUUAGACAAAGACAUCAAACACGGGGAUAGCAGAUACAAUGCUGCACUGUCUAUGAUGGCUUCUAAAGCAUCCUAUGAGAAUAAAGCCUACCUCCAAACUGUUGUCACAGAUCAAUGGAAGAUGGAGUUCAUGGAUUCCUUCGAUUUCUACAACGAGUAUCAGAAGAAAUCUACGACACAAGCAUUCGUGUUCCGCGACAAGAAUGUCGAACCGGAGCUCAUCGCCGUUGCCUUCAGAGGCACCGAACCCUUCGACCCAGAUGCAUGGUGCACCGAUUUCGACAUCUCCUGGUACGAGCUCCCCGAAAUGGGGAAAGUCCACCGUGGCUUUAUGAGGGCUUUAGGUCUACAGAAUUCCACUGGCUGGCCCAAGGACAUUCAACUGGCCGACAACCAGCCGAUGGUGGCAUACUACGCCCUCCGAGAAUUGCUGAGAAAGCAUUUGCACGACAAAGCCAAGUUUAUAGUGACCGGCCACAGCUUGGGCGGCGCUCUGGCGGUGCUUUUUCUGGCGAUUUUGGCGUUUCAUGGCGAGGAAUGGUUGCUGGAGAGACUAGAGGGGGUUUACACGUUUGGACAGCCUAGGGUAGGAGAUGAGAAGUUCGGCGAUUUCAUGAAACAGCAGCUAAGUAAAUACAGCAUUCGAUACCACAGGUUCGUGUAUAGCAACGAUAUGGUGCCUAGGUUGCCGUACGAUGAUUCGACGUUCAUGUUUAAGCACUUUGGGACGUGCAUUUACUUUAACUGCUUCUAUAAAGCCCAGCAGGUCGUUUCAGAGGAGCCGAACAAGAACUACUUCUCGCCAUUAUCAGCUAUACCCAAGAUUGUAACUGCGAUCUGGGAGCUGAUUAGAAGCUUCACCAUUUCGUACACCAAGGGAGCGGAUUACAGAGAAGGGUGGAUGCUUCGAUUCGUGCGGUUAAUGGGAUUGGUGGUGCCGGGCGUGUCGGCUCAUUCCCUACAAGAUUACGUGAAUGCUACCCGCUUGGGAUCGCCGGACGUAUAUCUGCAACCGCAUGAUGAUCACAAGGAUCAACAGAGCAUCCAGUGUUGAAAUCGAGAAACUACUCUUUGUAUAUAUUGUGUGUUUUGAAAUUGCCGUAUCUGCUGCCACAAGUAUCAUUGAAUUCUUUAGGGCUAAUUUUGGACAUAUAGACUGGAGUCCAUUUGUUCUCAGGAAUAUGUGAUCAAAUGCGAAGAAAGAAUUUUAUUUA